CACCGCUCGUGACUCCUAAGGCAUGUAGUCUGACGGUCUGACGCUGCUGUGAACCGUGAAACGGUUGGAGAGUGUGGAAACAAACUGCCCCAGUUCGUUAACGAGGAGAGCUUUUAAUUUUACGGCUUUUUUCGUUAGGCUGUACCACAGACGGGUUUGUCGCUUCUUCUAUUAGAGAGCAUCUUCCCUGAGUUAACCGGACGGAAACCUACCCUUUAAUGUAUUCAGCGUGAGCCUCUCUAUUAUGUGUAUACGACGGUUAAUUUAACAGUAUUUUACACUCUUAUCGAAUGAGCUAGCCAUUCAAACCGGUAAUAAAAUGUCUGAGAAGAUGUCAGAGAAGCGAUACUCCAGCAUGGAUGAGUCCUCGCUCCGCAAUCUGCUUGAUAAAACUAUCGACAUGGACGAGCGGCGUCUGAUCCGUACAGCGAUCCGGGAGUUGCGGCGCUGUGAGAUUGAAGAAAUGGAGGCUGCGCUAACCAGCAAGCGCUUCAGACGUGCCCACCAGAGCAGACAUGAGGAUAAAGAAAACCAGUGUUGUCCUGAUUUGACAGCUUCAUUAGACAUGCUGUCAGGGAAGAUUCAUGCUAUAAAUAACAUCGAAGAACUUACUGGACUGUUACAAAGCACCAGUGAAUAUGAAGAGAGAAAACUCAUUCGGGCAGCCAUUCGCCGGCUCCGAGAUGAAGAGAUACGAGGAGCAUUAGAGAAGGUUCAGACCGCUGGCCAAAGAACAGAGCGACGACAAAAUCCUCAGAACUGCUUUGACCUACAGGACGGUCAAGAGAAAAUCAAGGCAGAAGCACUCAUCAGCCAAUCAGAGAGAAUUGAGAACCGCAGAGAAGCCUCGAACCCUGACAUGGUUUUAGAACUAGAUCCUUUGGUCAGAGAGAAAGUCUCUUGCCCUCUGACCCAGCGGAUCCAAUGCGAUCAUGGCUCGCCCUCCUCAGAAGUCAUUCCUUCAUACCGAGAGCGUUCAGACUCCGGAGAAUCGAAUGAUAGCAGCUUCCAUCAGAGAAAGAGGCUGAACUCCAGCGCCUCAGACCGUAGCCAUGACUCCCUGUCCACUGCUGAACCUCCUCUGAGGGACCAAAGCUCACGGUCAGGACCAACUGGAGAGGAAGUCAGGGCAGCUGUGAAUUCAGAGGCUCCGCAGAUGGAUCGAGACCUGAAGAAACUUGACAACAGCGUGGAGACAACUCACUUUCAGAGCACAGCAGGUUCACAAGCAUGCACACUGAAUGAGACCAGUACAAGAGCUGAAGACAUCUCAGCACAGAAGAUCACAUCAGGUGGAGAUGCUCUGUUGACUUCUCUUACUAAUGGCAAGGAUACAGAUUUUAAAAACAAAGCCUCAUUCUCUGGGCCCGUUAUUCGUGCAAACUCUGUUCGCGACAGGAUGCGCAAAUUCACCGAACCUGUUACGAACGCACGUAAAAUCAGCCACGGUUCUUCUCAUUCUACAAACACAGUGUCUGCUGAGAGCUCCUGGGACACCUCGUCCUUUUCUUCCUCCAUCUCAAAGAAAGAGAGGAAUGUCACUGAGAACAUGUUGGCCCAGCCCAAGCUUUUCUCCAGCCAAUCACACACCGCAGUGGGCGGCUCACACGGCCGCACUGAAAAUGUCAGUCGUGUGUGUGGCGGUUCAGAAGAAGUGCAGACUCCUGAGGGAGAAGCAUCUUCAGGGACCCACGACACCCGGGGUGAACCUGAGUCCAACAUGAAGACCUUCCUCAGCAUUGAGAUCAAAGAUGGACGAAACCCAACUUCACAUUCUUCGCUGUCAUCGUCCUCUACAGCUGUAAACAUGAGCCCUCGAAUCAUCACAUCUGCUGCUCCACAGAGAACAGAGCUGACGUUUGGUUUAAGAGCAAUGCCGUUCAAAGUGACCAGCUCAAGUCUCUCAUCAGGAUCCUCUGUUAAGAUGGAGACGGAGCCCAUAUCUGUUGUGGGUGAAUCUGUGAACGAGGCGUCCCGUGAUGUCCCUGUGCUUCCUAACGGCUCAUCCAUGACCUCCAUCAAAAAUGAGGUUCAAAGUGAUAAGCUGACCUCAGAGAAGCUGCAGGAGAUUGAGGACGAGGAGAUCCUUGACAAAAUGCUUGAUGAUUGUAAAGAUUUUGAAGAAAGAAAAAUGAUCAGGACUGCGAUGAGAGAACUACGGAAGAAAAAGCGAGAGACUAGGCUGGGAUGCACACAGGAAGAAAUGGACCAGAGAGAGAAGGAACGAGAUCUGCGUCUGCAGGAGCUCAGACAGCAGCGGGAGGAGAAAUCUCAGAAAGCCCGGGUGGGUGCAGACAACAGUGAAGUCGUGAUGAAGAAGAUUGAGCGCUCCACAGACGGCUCCACUAUCAGUCACGUCACCAAUCGCGUUUCCCAUUCAGAUGAUAGUGGCAGGACGUCCCGCAGCACUAUCAUGGAAUCCAGCUAUGUUCAAAAGACAGACAAAGGCACAGUGCAAACAAAAUCCUACAGUUACUCCAGCACCACGUCCACUAGGAAGGUUGGCAGUGUUUUUGACCGUGAGGACAACACAUCUCGUAGCUCCAGCAGAACAUCAGCUCUAGACCGCAGACAGGCGGAGAGAUCGGAGCUGAUGAGGGCUCAGACGUUACCCAAAACAUCUGCAGCACAGGCACGAAAAGCCAUGAUUGAGAAGCUCGAGAACACUGGAGGCUCCGGAGGCAACUCAGCCAUUACUCAAGUAAACAAGGUGCAGCGCUCCACAAGCUUUGGUGUCCCCAAUGCGAACUCCAUCAAACAGAUGCUGCUGGACUGGUGCAGAUCCAAGACCCGUUCCUAUGAGAAUGUGGAUAUCCAGAACUUCUCCUCCAGCUGGAGUGAUGGCAUGGCGUUCUGUGCUCUGGUGCAUAACUUCUUUCCAGAGGCCUUCGAUUACUCCAGCCUCAGUCCCGCAAACCGCAGGCAGAACUUUGAGGUGGCCUUCAGCACAGCAGAUUAACCUAACAUUCAUGCAUUUCUAAAUAAGAAACAUCCAGCUGAACGCUCAUGAGUUUCCCCAGAAUAGUGUCUGCUAACAGAAGAGCAUUACUCAAAGUCAGUAUUGUUUGCUGACCUGAGAAUAGGCCUUAACCUGCUUCCCCUUUGGAUAGUCUGUGUCCAGGUAAUUCCAGUAGACACUUUCUCAUUUCAUUUUCCUCCACCUGACUGAGCACUGGUUUAUCUCACUACCCCAACUGUUGUCAUCAUUAAAGGCACCAUCUGUUAUUGCUGUUAUGGCCUGAAGGUGAAUUCAUAUUUGGUUAUUUAAGCCACUGUACUGUUGUUUGCUAGUUACUAGUACUGCAGCGUUCAGCGGUCUCAGGCAGAUCACGAGCUCUGCUGUAAUCUUUUCCAAUGGUAGUUGCCACAUUGCGUCAAUUAUUUAAGGUCCUUGCACACCGAGUCCGAAAUUUGUGUGCGUUUUUUUUUUCUUUUUCGUAUUCGUCAUCCUUUCCUAUCAAAAUGCUUGCUACAGAUGCGAAAACGCAGGAAAUUGAACCUGAUCCAGAUUUUUUUAUGACAGACGAAAGUUUCAGAGGCAGUGUGUAAACGUGAUUGACACACACCGUGAUGUCGUAUUUAUUUUAUAAAACAUUUAGCGAUCAUGUGUUCAAAAUAUCUUUUUUUUUUAAUAUAUAUAUUUAUGGGCGUUUUCUGCCUUUAUUGGGACAGGACAGUAGAGAGCUGACAGGAAAGCAUUGGGUGGAGAGAGAGGGGGGCAGGAUCAGCAAAGGACCUCGAUACGGGAAUCGAACUCGGGUCGCCAUGAGAGCAGUUGCACUGUAUGUCGGCUCACUAACCACGAGGCUAUUGGCGCCGACCGAGAACAAAAUAUCUUUUGAUAUUUUUAUUUUAUUGCCCAGCCCUAGUCUGAAUUAAGACAGUAAGCCAAAAUUGAGAUAACAGUAUUUCAAUAAAGUGAUUUGUAUUUGGUUGUAAACAUUAGCAUCUCUCUAUAUGCGUUACAUCAUUACAUUCUGCGACAGCUUUAAGCUCUCAUACUCCGACUUUCGACUGGAAAAAGUCAAAUGAGAAUGUGUCAAACUACUCCACUUCCGAUGUUUAGAGUUGUGGGCAAUAGUAGUUGGAAAAGGAUGCAAAAAAAGCACAAUUACAAAUUAUAAACCACUAAAGUACCUUUAGUGAUAUACCAAUGGACUUCAUUGGGAUUCAGAAAUUCAGAUCUCACCGACUAUUUAUGAUGAAUAGUGGAACUCCUUUUUUAAAAAAAAUAAAGGCUUUGUUUAAAGGUUCAAAUUUGUUUUAAAACUUGAAAUCCGCUGUUCAUUCAGUUUCUAGUGGAUAAAAAGUCAGUUCUCUCAUAUAUAUAAUUUUUAUUUAUUUUUUUUACUAUUUUUUCCUUCUUUUUUUUUUUUUCUCAAUGAAUAUGCAGUUUCACGCAGUCAUUCAUGUUAUGAAAGUACUAAACAGCGAUUGACAUUUGGAGCAUUUGUUUCAGAACCUGGUAUAUUUUCUACAUUUAGUUGAGAUUGUUUAGGCAUGAACACGACAGUCAACCAAAGGACCAAGUUUAUAUAAAUUAUCGCAGUUGAAAAUCAAAAAGUGCCCUCUUCCCCCUUCUCUGAAACGGACAUGUUGCAAGGAUGCUGUCCCAACAAAGCCGUCAUGCUUAAACUGAUCAAUUCUGUAUUCUGACAAUAUGACAAUGUUGCAUUAUGAAAGCGAACGGAAAAUUCAUCUUUGUAACCAUGUAAGUCCCUGUUUUGAAUCAAAAAACACUAUUGGUGUUUUUUUGAAAACGCCUUAAGUCUCUUUGUGAAUACCUGGCGUGAUAGUGUUUUUUACAAGCAUUAACAGAUGUGUGCCUUUAAAGAGGUCAGUCUCCACCGCUCCAGCAUGAUCCCAUCACUGAGCUUCUACAGGCUGUUUUACAGUCAGACAAACAGUGUUUGUCUGGAGACGAAGGGUUACUUUUUGCAUUGCUGUUAUUGUCUCCAAUACUGUAUGUUGGUGUUAUUCACAGUCACUUUUGCAUAAUGAGAUCACAGAAUGGAUGCAUUGUUGCUCUUUUUGAUGUUGUUUGUCUUUGCACAUGUAUUUGUUAUGAAUGUAAGGCACGAAAACACAGUUACAUAUGCUGUCAUCACAGAGUUUAAUGUUGGCUUUCUGAUUUUGUCUUGUGUGUCUCAUUUCUCUCUCCUCACUGGCCUUGUAUAUCCCACUUGUUUCUGUCCUUUUUCUGUCUUCUUUCCUUCAUCUGUCCCCCACCUCGGCGUGA